AUGUUUUAUUUAAAACUAUCGAUAAGUGGUUUAUUAAUUAUAACCUUUUAUGGUUUGGUGUCGUGUAGUGUUGAAAAUAUUAAUAAGCAAUUAACACCACAAGAAAAUCGCGAGCAAUUAAAUGAAACUCUUCAAGUGUUACAGCUAAAUGCUACCAAUUCAAGAUCGGCUCGUACCUUAUUGCCGCAUCCUAGAACGCCCGCGUUUACCCUGAGACGUAGGCAACCCAUCAAGAUACGUGCCAGGGCAGAUCACUUCCCUUUGCGCACCCAAAUACGUCGAGUGCACAAUGGUUUACCCAAUGCCCAGCCUCAACAGCAGAAUAUGCGCUAUGGUUAUGAGUCCUUGAAAGGUUCUAAAUACGCCUCCUCGUCUAAGGGAGCCAAUCCUGCAUUUUUGAAUAAUGGCAAAGGUUCUCCUUAUAGACCGCAAUUAUUGGGAGGUCAUCCCAAUUCAAUACACGUACCAGCUUUAUCCCAACAAUACAUACAUAAUUUCAAGGCCUCGCCAGCAUUUAAUGGUCAGGUGGUUGUACAUCCUGCAACGCAAAAACAAAAGCAACAGCCCACCACAGCCCAGCAGGAUAAUGCAUAUCCCAAAUAUGUAAAACCCCAGCAACAAUUGCCACAAACAGCAGCAGCUGCCGUACCACCACAAUCACAGCAACAGCAACAACAACCGCAGCCACAACAACAACCAUUGACACAGUACCCUGAUUUCAAGCAAUAUCCUAUACCAGAUCAGGAGAAAAUGCAACAGUACAACGAACAACAUGAAAAGUAUUUGCAACAACAGAAAUAUCUAACACCCAAAAACCCCAUAGCCUACUAUCAACUGCAACACACCCAGCAACAGCAACAGCUGCAGCAACAACAACAACAGCAGCAGCAGCUACAUCAAGAAUUACCAGCACAACAACAGCCGCAAUUACAGCAAAAUUAUGCAGUUCAUCAACCUCAACAGUAUUUGCCACAAUCACAGCAGCAACAGCCUUCCAUACCCAUACACGAAAGUGCCCAAACCAGCAACAUCAACAAUGUUGCCUUUCCCGCCGCCGCCUCCGUCCCACCAAAAAUGUAUUCUGUGUAUGAAGAAAACGACAUGACGGAAUUGCAAAAUAACAAUUAUCAAACAGCCACAUAUCAAGGACUGGACAAGGAGGCUCAGGAAUAUUUACGUUUCAUGAAUACAAAUGAAUAUUUUCUGCCCAAAAAAGAUCCCAAUUACAAACAAAUCGACGAGGAGACCGAUAAACGCCAAUACAAUGUCUUAAAAGCUCAACAGCAGCAACAUUUGCAUUCGUUACAGCAAUCACAGGCACCCACACCAUAUCAGCAGUCUCAGCCCAUUGCACCACAACAGACGCCAUACUCACAGCCCGAACAACAACAACAGCAACAGCAAAUUUAUGCUCCCUCUUCUUCGGCCUUGCAAACCACACAAUACUCAAAUAGUAUUUAUUCCGAUCUAUCUGAUCCCUCUUCUUAUAAUCUGGGUAAUCCCGUUUCUCAACUCUACUAUCAACAACAACAAGAUCCUUCGACGGCUGCAUCUUCAACCGUGGUGCGCACUAGCUAUCAAACAGGUUAUAAUCAAAAUCAAUUUGUGGUAAAUUCCCAAAAUAAUAAAGUUUCCAAAUAUACGGUGCCAUCAGCUUCCACGCCCAGUUCUAUUGUGAUAUCAACCCAAGCCCCCCAUGUUUACGCCCAACUAAGACAUAAUUCGGCUGGCAAUCGUACUCCGGAACCUUUACGUUUCGAAUUUACCGAACGUGAUGCUAUGGUUGGCGGUGUCUCUUAUACCCAUGCUCCCCAAGGCCAAUUAAGGUACAAUGCUCUGGCAUCGAAUAGUGUAACACCAGUUAUGGACAAUGAAGAAAGUUCAACGGUAAGUUCGCUGGGUUCAAAACAUUAUUCGUCUACGAUGAGAACACAAAACUAUGUGCAUAGCAAGCAUGCGGUUAAGUCGGUCGUGGAAGAUGAUGAUGAUGAUCCAGAGGAUGGUGAUGAUAUGCAAGAAGCUGGAACAAAUCUUUAUGGCCGCCAACCAGUUGUGAGCAGUGAUUCCAAAAAACCAACCAGCACCACUGAGGCGCCACCCAGUGAACAGAAAGACACCGAAGAGUAUUGCGAGCGCAUCUGUGCAAUUGUUGAGGAUGAAAAUGAAGAAAUUGUUUGCGGCUCCGAUGGUUACAUGUACACGAGCGAGGCACAAAUGGAAUGUUAUGCAUCUUGUUUGCAUAUUGAUGUAACGAUACAAGGAAAGGGCUCUUGUUCAACGCGAUAAGUCAUCCUGUGCAUAUGUAUUUGAUAUUUUAACUCAAUUAGUAAAAUAAUUAAUUUAUUCUUUUUUAGUUUUAGUUUUAUACAAAUAAAAUAAAAUGAUAACUGUUAACUAUUAAGGCAUUCGAUAUGAAAAUACCGAGAUAAUAUAAAAAAUGUGAAAUUUUAAAAUUA